CUCUCCUCUCUGUCUCCAACAACAAUAAGCUGUUCAAUCACCGGUUGCAAUGCCAAAUGACGUUGAAGUGGCAGAGCACCACGGGCGCAAAGACUACCACGACCCGCCUCCGUCACCAUUGAUCGUUGCCGAAGAGUUGACGCAAUGGUCCUUCUACAGAGCGCUCAUUGCUGAAUUUGUUGCUACUGUUUUGUUUCUGUACGUUGGGGUUUCGACGGUUAUCGGGUACAAGAGCACGACUGACCCCAACUUGGAUGCUGAUCAGUGUGGUGGUGUUGGUAUCCUUGGGAUUGCAUGGGCAUUUGGUGGCAUGAUUUUUGUCCUUGUUUACUGCACUGCUGGUAUCUCUGGAGGACACAUUAACCCAGCUGUGACAUUCGGGCUAUUCUUGGCUAGGAAGGUGUCACUAAUUAGGGCUAUCUUGUACAUGGUUGCACAAUGUUUGGGUGCAAUAUGUGGUGCGGGUUUGGUCAAGGCUUUCCAGAGUUCAUACUACAAUAGGUAUGGUGGUGGAGCCAAUACGUUGUCCGACGGCUAUAGCAAAGGUACCGGACUAGGUGCUGAAAUCAUUGGCACCUUUGUUCUUGUAUACACCGUCUUCUCGGCUACUGAUCCUAAGAGAAAUGCCCGAGACUCUCAUGUUCCUGUGUUGGCACCAUUGCCAAUAGGAUUUGCAGUCUUCUUGGUGCACUUGGCAACCAUUCAUAUCACUGGCAGCGGAAUCAACCCAGCGAGAAGCUUUGGCGCUGCGGUGAUUUACAACGACGACAAGGCCUGGGAUGAUCAUUGGCUUUAUUGGGUCGGACCGUUUCUGGGCGCAGCUGCAGCGGCGUUUUACCACCAGUUUGUACUCAGAGCAGGGGCCGUUAAAGCACUUGCUUCUUUCAGAAGCAAUGCAUAAUUUUAAGACGAUGAAUUUAUAUAUCCAUGCAAAAAGAAUAAAACUGUACGGACGACACAAUUGAUCGAGCAUGUUGAUUUGUAGUUCAAUUAUUUUUGAGUGAUGUAAUUUCAUUUUAAUUUUUUCUUUUUUCCUUUUCAUUGUGGAUCUAAAGUGUUUUGUAAGUGGUCUUUUUUUUUCUUUUGAAAGUGUUUUCCACAAUUUACGAGUUAAUGGUUCGACUUGGGACCGACCUUGUAAAACCAAGCCAGUCGUUUAACCAUUAUUAUUUAUAUAUUUAUGUUCAUUUUCGGAAUAAA